AUGAAUACAGUGAUGACUGUGUUCAAAACUGAGUUCUGGAGAGUAGGGUAUGAGGAAGCUAUUAACCCAAUGGGUGUUCCUGAGGAUGCAUGGUGUGUUCCAGAAGAUCUUGAAGACGAAUUGUUUCUUGUCCUGAAUCACGCAGAGCUGCUGGUUGCUCAAAGAGAGUAUGGGGAACAUGGAGCUAAGGAUAUGAGGAGGUUAGUGCUGGAGUGGUGCCUCGGACAUAGGUUUGCUUUCUUAUGGUGCAAUAUGGUCUUUGUUUGUUUAAGCAAUGGAUAA